CUUAAUGUUAACAUUUUACGAUCAGUGCAUGUAGAAGGACGAGUGCUUUCGGAGGGGGAACAUUUUACCCUUUCAAUUGGCGAAAAAAACAGCAAAAAACAUACUCAUGUCGAUUCUCCCGUCUCCUUACGAUGAAAUCCGCGUCACUUUGGCCGCUAUCGCCCUUGUCAUCCAAGUAUGCAACCUUGGCUACUCGUCCCAAAGACUUGUACGGCGAGUCACAUCCUUUACGUUAGGCUUGUUCUCGCAACAGAUGUUUAUGUUAGGGUUCACGAUUGUCAACAUGAUUGCGAGUCGGACGUUGUUAGCGGACGGAGAAGCGCAUGACAAGUUGAAUAUUUCUGGGAAUGUUUGUUACAAUUUCGCUUGCUUGGUACAUGUGCUUUUAUUGGUGAAGAGAUUCGGGUUGUGUGGGACGAGGUGGGAUAAACCAGUUUGGAAUCGGGUCAUGUUUCUGGGAACGAUCGUCAUUUUUAUUGCUACUGCUGGAACCGGGAUGGGGUUUGCCUUUUACCGACUUCACCGUAUCCUGCAGAGCUACCUACCCGGAAUGGAGACUUUAUACCGCCGUGUCAACACCCUCCUUUACGCGGGAUUUACUUUAUAUCUCCUCGUAAUGGAUACUAUACUCUCCAGCAUCAUGUAUAUCCGCCUUCAAAAGCUUCGUAUCGAACCCUCACCAUCACACCACGUAAAAUCCAGCAACCUCCACGUCCGAACGGUUUAUACAAUGAUCGUCAUGGUUAUCAUGUCAUGGAUCGGCAUGACACUCGUCGUCGUAUCCAGUCUCCAUCCGAGUCUCGACGAAAAACCACUUGGUCUCGUGAUGAAUCAGUUGGCUUAUGUCUUUGCAAGCUUUCAUAUGACGUUUGCUUGUUUGUAUUUGGUUAGCAUUGAGCAGGUUUUGAAGGGGUAUGGAUUACCUGCAUUGCCGGAUGCGAAUCCGUCGGGAAUGCCGAUGGAUGGGAAAUCAGGUACGACCGCCACACGGCUGGUUGCGGUGAAAGAUACCCGAAUUGGUACUGCGAGCUAUGUUUAAAAUAAGGAUGAUGAUGGGGUAGUAUGUAAUUAUUUUCUGAGGCAUAUAUACGGAUUUAUUGUGUGUCUGUCUUUCUCUGCUUUUGACCAGGG